CGCACUAAUGAGAUUUCUGUGUCAUGUUUUCAUCUUGGCAUUUUACCCUCCCUGUUUUUUAUCACAGUAUCGGAUCAUUCAUAAUUCAAAAUUAGUGUAAGUUCUUAAAUUGAAAAAUUGUGUUUUGAUGUUUGUUUAAUUACAUAGUGUAAAAAUCUGCGCGGGAUUGGCAUAUAUACAUGGUUACAUAUAUCGAACCUAGUUUUUGUAUAUAGGCAUACUGCCAUGAUGCCACCAGCUGAUACUACAAAUCUCGGAUAUGCGUAUCAGCUACCGUCCGGAGGCCUAUCAGUAAAAAUUCGGAAUGUUUUGUCUCAAUUUAGUGAUAUUUUUAGCGAAUUUGAUAAAUAUAUUGCGCCGGCCUAUCACCAUGACAGAUGUGAGAGGUCAGUCCAAAUGCGAUUGUACUCCAUGCACAAACGCGAAUUCGUUUUAAUAUUUGUACUAUUCUUCGUGUGCCUUGGGUUCACAAUUUUUAUUGGCUUAGCAGGGCCUCCUAUAACGCAAACAACGUCGAUAGAUGGGAUUUCCUUACUACCAAAAUUAAACAAUUCAAAUAUGGUUAGCCGAAAAGAUAUAGCAACGGGCCCUUUUAUAAUGAAAACACCUAAGCUAUCGACUUAUAACCAGCAAAUGUGGUUGAUAGCGAAGCUUAAAACCGAAAAUACAGGUGAGACCAUCGACAAAGAAUUUGAUAUUUGUCUUACAAUCUCUGGGUUGACGGAGGAACAUAAGCCUGCCACAAUAUUGACGGAUAGAGAUCACAAGAAUAGAAGUCGACAUUUACACUGUGAUAAGCAACUCUGUGAUGAGUUCAUAGUUAUGCAUUUAGGUUACUUGGAUUACACGCACUACAUUAUAAACGUGAUUUUUUAUGACCUCGAGGCCUUCCAUUCUAGAUACAAUAUUAAAGAAUUAACCUUUUAUUUUAAAACUUACAAUCCAGAUUUCACCCAAAUCGAAGUGUGGUUUAGGCUGAUAUUUUUGGUAGGAGCUUUUUCAAUAACGUGGUGGUAUUAUCAUACUUUAAAGAAAUAUCCAGUUCAUUGCUGGGCAUUUGAACAAAAAUGGGUAGGAGUCCUCUUACCACUUCUUAUGACUUUUAAUAAUCCAAUUUUUCCAAUGAUUUUCUUGGUAAGCUCAUGGCUGCCAGGUAUGUUAGAUGCAAUUUUCCAGGCAACAUUUCUAGCUGUAUUGUUUCUAUUUUGGCUUAGCAUAUAUCAUGGACUAAGACAGAAUGAGCGAUAUUUUCACACUUUUUAUUUUCCAAAAUUUUUCAUAGUAUCAAUGAUGUAUUUUCCAACUUUAAUUUUAUCCACUUGGCAGAAGAUAAGUGAGCUGCGAGAUCCAGGAUAUGACCAUACUACCGAGGCUAAUUUCUACGUAGUGAAGGCAUUUUUCUACAUAUUUGGGGUCGUCUAUUUAAUUUAUUUAGGGUAUCUUAUUUUAAAGGCUUAUUCGGAGCUGAGAUCAAUGCCAUUUUUUGGUGUACGAUUGAAAUUUUUAACCCUCCUCAUGAUAGUAGUCCUGACGAUCGGCGGGAUCAUAACAGCUUCCAAAUUCGGAGUCGAUGUCUUAGAAGAUAACUUUGUAGCGCAACUAGGAACUCACUACACCAAUUCAUCCCAAUUUAUGUCAUUUUAUGGACUUCUUAACAUAUAUGUCUACACUAUGGCAUACGUUUAUUCACCAAGUAAUAAAAAUGGACACGAUUUAGGAAUCACAAAAGACAACCCAGCUUUUUCUAUGAUCAACGAUUCUGAUGAAGACGUAAUUUACGGAUCUGAUGAAGAGAGCAGAAGACCAUUGAAUCGAGGUCACAAUGAUGAUGACAGUGAUUAAUAAAAGGAAGUGAAUUAAGGUCCCAAAGAAGUGAAGUUGCGUCUAUACAUGAAAGAGAAUACAUGGCUUAUGACUAUGUAUUAUAUGUGAAGAAUUUUAUUAAGAAAAAGGGAAACAUGUCUGAAACAAAUCUUAUGACUUAGUGCAAUGGCAGGCAUGAUUUGUUGAUAAUUGAUGACAGAUAUAAAAAGAAAUUGAAUAUGCUAUCUUAUUCUCAUACAAUAGUGAAUUUUCAGUAAAAAUUUCUUUAUUCUACACAUUAUUGACAUCUAGCACAGUUUACAGGAAUAUUUUAAGAGGUGCUGUUUAGGAGUAGGCACUUUAUAUAAUAUUGUCGUUUUUUAUAAUACUUUAAAUUGAUGUAGUAUUGUAUUUGUAAAAGAACUAUUAUAAUCGUCUUAUAAACUGACUCCAAGUCAUCCUAUUAGUUAUACAAUGAGUGUGAAAAAAUCCCCCGUCGAACUUAACUUUGAACUUGGUUGCGGCUUCUUUUAACGUAAAAAUGAAAGUUUAAACUCGGGGAUGGAAAGGGAGAGUCUUCCGAAUAUCGAUAAGUAUAUUGAAGAUACUAAUAAACAUUGAAUUGGAUCAAAACGAAUUACAAGUUUGAAAACAUGUCCAUACAAAAAAAAACAGGUAAAUAAACGGUUGCAGGGGGUAAAGGUAUUUUUUCAUGGUCGUUGUACAGGUAAACUUUGAAGAUUAAGGGCAUCUGAACUUACUGAUAAAUAGACCAAUAAGAAUGUAACAGAAAUAAUUAUAUAGAAAAAUGCACCAAGACAAAUCUCAUUACGGCCCUGUCGUUCGAUCCACUUGAUGUUGUGCUAGAUAUAAAGCUGCGCGCGCUUUUAUCGUACGGGCGUAGGAUUGCGACUGGUUUGUUUUAAAUUAUAAUGCGCCAGGGCCGUACUUGAAACUGGAAGAGAACUAUUUGGAAGUCAUACUGUAUAGAUUUACAAACUUCUCUAUCAAAUUAAAGAUUAUUUUAUGUUAUAUUUUUAAAUUUAACUUACACUCGUGUAGGUAUCAUGGAUAUGUGUAUUUUAAAUUCAUUCAUAUCAUAAGAUAGUUGCGCGAUUGUUCGAAGUUAUUAUAAAUAUAUAUAUAUAUAUAUAUAUAUGCAUAUUUUAUUGUUUAUGAAGUAAUUUUAGUGCACGUCAUAUAAUGAACUAAAAAUGGAUAUUUAUUUAUUGUAACAUUUAAGAGCUUGUGGCGGGCAUUUUAUUAAUUCAUGACGUAAAUAAUAUAACAUUUAUAGAUGUACUUGUAAGGUAUUUUUUAAAAACAAUUUUGUACUUUGGUUACUAAAAAAUUGCUUCUAAUAAAGUA